AUGGAAACCUACACGCUCGCCUUUGCGCCUCCCAACCUCUCCCCUCUGCACAUUGCGUACUUUGAGGACGUCGAAAACUCGGCCUCCAUCAAGCGCCGCCUCGUAUCGGCCGCGACGACCCCCGGUGCGGACGGAGAGCUAGCGCGCGCCGCCGUCGACUUUGCCUUCAUCGACGCGGACCUGGUCGUCUCGAAAUCGCACCUCACCACUGCGCUCCUCGCGACGCUGCUCACCUCUCUUCCCAAUGCGCCGAACGCUAUGUUGGAUGCGCCUCCAGUUCCCAGGACGCGGACACAUAAUAUCCAUUCAGAGGUGCUCUGUGCGCUGUCGCCGAAUAAUAAUAUCAGCGAUGCGAUUCGCCGCUUUGGCGUCGGCGAGAAGACGACGAGGAUGGUCGUCGUCAAGUUUGGCGGAGAGACGGCGGAGGUUUGGAAAGCGAUAGAAGCGGUGGUCAAGGGACGCUUGGAGAGGGUAGACAAGAUCGACGAGGUCGACGUGCCGUGGAGCAGGGUCGAUAAGGUGUACAAGGUCGGGGAGAUGAACCAGCUCAAAAUGCCGGCCGCAGAGCUCGAGGCAGCAAAGUGCGCCGCUAUCGUCAACGCCGUCGCUGUCAAGCAUGCCAUGUAA